AAACGGCAUAAAGCUGAUAAUGCUGUGAACAAGAAACAGACACAAGUUUUGAGAAACGGUGCUUGGGAAAUUGUUCACUGGGAGAAGGUGGCAGUAGGGGAAAUAGUGAAAGUGACCAAUGGGGAGCAUCUCCCAGCAGAUCUCAUCAGUCUGUCCUCAAGUGAGCCCCAGGCCAUGUGCUACAUUGAGACAUCCAACUUAGAUGGUGAAACUAACUUGAAGAUUAGACAGGGCUUACCAGCAACCUCAGAUAUCAAAGACAUUGACAGUUUGGUGAGAAUUUCUGGCAAAAUUGAAUGUGAAAGUCCAAACAGACAUCUCUAUGAUUUCGUUGGAAAUAUAAGGCUUGAUGGACAUGGCACUGUUCCCUUGGGAGCAGAUCAGAUUCUUCUUCGAGGUGCUCAGUUGAGAAAUACUCAGUGGGUUCAUGGAAUAGUUGUCUACACUGGACAUGACACCAAGCUGAUGCAGAAUUCAACAAGUCCACCACUUAAGCUUUCCAAUGUGGAACGGAUUACAAAUGUACAAAUUUUGAUUUUAUUUUGUAUCUUAAUUGCCAUGUCUCUGGUCUGUUCUGUGGGUGCAGCCAUUUGGAACCGAAGGCAUUCUGGAAAAGACUGGUAUCUCAAUCUCAACUAUGGUGGCGCUAAUAAUUUUGGGCUCAAUUUCUUGACCUUCAUCAUCCUUUUCAACAAUCUCAUUCCUAUCAGCUUGUUGGUUACAUUAGAAGUGGUGAAAUUUACCCAGGCAUACUUCAUAAAUUGGGAUCUUGACAUGCACUACGAGCCCACGGAUACUGCAGCUAUGGCUCGAACAUCUAAUCUGAAUGAGGAACUUGGCCAGGUUAAAUACAUAUUUUCUGACAAAACUGGUACUCUGACAUGCAAUGUAAUGCAGUUUAAGAAGUGCACCAUAGCAGGAGUUGCUUAUGGCCAUGUCCCCGAGCCUGAGGAUUAUGGGUGCUCUCCUGAUGAAUGGCAGAGCUCACAGAUUGGAGAUGAAAAAACAUUUAGUGAUUCAUCAUUGUUAGAAAAUCUCCAAAAUAAUCACCCAACUGCACCUAUCAUAUGUGAAUUUCUUACAAUGAUGGCAGUCUGCCACACAGCAGUACCAGAGCGAGAAGGAGAGAAGAUUAUUUAUCAAGCAGCAUCUCCAGAUGAGGGAGCACUGGUCAGAGCCGCCAAGCAGUUGAAUUUUGUUUUCACUGGAAGAACACCUGACUCUGUCAUCAUAGAUUCACUGGGGCAGGAAGAAAGAUAUGAAUUACUUAAUGUCCUGGAGUUCACCAGUGCUCGAAAAAGAAUGUCAGUGAUUGUUCGUACUCCAUCCGGGAAGUUACGACUCUACUGCAAAGGAGCUGACACUGUAAUUUAUGAACGACUUGCAGAGACUUCAAAAUACAAAGAAAUUACCCUAAAGCAUUUAGAGCAGUUUGCUACAGAAGGACUAAGAACCUUGUGUUUUGCUGUGGCUGAGAUUUCAGAGAGUGACUUCCAGGAGUGGCGGGCCGUGUACCAGAGAGCAUCCACGUCUGUACAGAACAGGCUUCUCAAGCUAGAGGAGAGCUACGAGCUCAUUGAAAAGAAUCUUCAGCUUCUUGGAGCUACAGCCAUUGAGGAUAAAUUACAAGAUCAAGUGCCUGAAACCAUAGAAAUGCUAAUGAAAGCAGACAUCAAAAUCUGGAUCCUUACAGGAGACAAGCAAGAAACUGCCAUUAACAUUGGACACUCCUGCAAACUUUUGAAGAAAAACAUGGGGAUGAUUGUUAUAAAUGAAGGCUCUCUUGAUGGAACCAGGGAGACUCUCAGCCGGCACUGCGCCACUCUUGGGGAUGCUCUUCGGAAGGAGAAUGACUUUGCUCUUAUCAUCGAUGGGAAGACCCUCGAGAACGCCCUCGCCUUCGGAGUCCGGCAGUAUUUCCUAGACUUAGCUUUGUCAUGCAAAGCCGUCAUUUGCUGCAGGGUUUCUCCUCUUCAAAAAUCUGAAGUCGUUGAGAUGGUGAAGAAACAAGUCAAAGUCAUAACACUUGCCAUUGGAGAUGGCGCAAAUGAUGUCAGCAUGAUACAGACGGCCCAUGUUGGUGUUGGGAUAAGUGGCAAUGAAGGCUUGCAGGCAGCCAAUUCUUCAGAUUACUCCAUAGCGCAGUUCAAGUAUUUGAAGAAUUUGUUGAUGGUUCAUGGUGCCUGGAACUAUAACAGAGUCUCUAAGUGUAUCCUGUACUGCUUCUACAAGAACAUAGUCCUCUAUAUUAUUGAGAUCUGGUUUGCCUUUGUUAAUGGCUUUUCUGGACAGAUCCUCUUUGAAAGAUGGUGCAUAGGUCUUUAUAAUGUGAUGUUUACAGCAAUGCCACCCUUAACUCUUGGAAUAUUUGAAAGAUCAUGCAGAAAAGAGAAUAUGUUGAAGUAUCCCGAAUUAUACAAAACAUCUCAGAAUGCUCUGGACUUCAACACCAAGGUUUUCUGGGUUCAUUGUUUAAAUGGCCUCUUCCACUCAGUUAUUCUGUUUUGGUUUCCACUAAAGGCCCUUCAGUAUGGUACCGUAUUUGGAAAUGGGAAAACCUCUGAUUACCUGCUUCUGGGAAACUUUGUUUACACUUUUGUAGUGAUAACCGUGUGUCUGAAAGCUGGAUUGGAAACGUCGCACUGGACGUGGUUCAGCCACAUAGCGAUAUGGGGCAGCAUCGCACUCUGGGUGGUGUUUUUUGGAAUCUACUCAUCUCUGUGGCCUGCUGUUCCAAUGGCCCCUGAUAUGUCUGGAGAGGCAGCCAUGUUGUUCAGUUCCGGGGUCUUUUGGAUGGGCUUAUUAUUUAUCCCUGUGGCAUCUUUGCUUCUGGAUGUGGCAUACAAAGUCAUCAAGAGGACUGCCUUUAAAACAUUGGUAGAUGAAGUUCAGGAGCUUGAGGCAAAAUCUCAAGACCCGGGAGCAGUUGUGCUUGGGAAAAGCCUCACCGAGAGGGCGCAACUGCUCAAGAAUGUCUUUAAGAAGAACCAUGUGAACUUGUACCGCUCUGAAUCAUUGCAACAAAACUUGCUCCAUGGGUAUGCUUUCUCUCAAGAUGAAAAUGGAAUUGUUUCACAGUCUGAGGUGAUUAGAGCAUAUGAUACCACAAAACAGAGGCCUGAUGAGUGGUGAUGGGAGGGGCUGAGAAGCAGACCCUCCUGUGUCUCUAAAGAGAACUACCACAAUCUAAGGUUGUCACCGCAAUCUGCUGACCAAUUCCAGUCUGGUCAUGGGGAAGAAGGAUGGAUCUGAGCUCCCCUCACUGAUGGACCUUCAGAUUCACAUACAUCAUCCACAUAGGCACUGUGCAACAACUGUAAAACCAUCUUUCAGAUUUCUUAAAGUAUUUGCUAAGGCUUUGAAAACAGAAAUUGAGAUAACCUUGUAUCUUCCCAGUAUGCUUUCUGAAAGGUUCUUAAGAUGUCAAUCUGGGGUCUAUCAAUUCAUUGGCAACCAACCAUUAAAAAAAUUCUAAAAUGGUGUUAAGUUAAAGGGACUCUUGAUAUCCAGACUUAGAUUUCAGGAUAUGCUGAAAUAAACCAGCAUCUCAAGGAACUGACUCACUUACUGAGCAUUUCUAAACAAGGCAUUAAUAAGUGUUCGUGUCAAAAAUUGUCUUGCUAAGUGUUUGCCAAAGAAAUUCAGUAAGUAUAUUUCUCAUUCAGUAGUCAUUUGCCCAGAAAUUUAAGGGAACGUAUACUUCCAGUUCUGCUGUAAGAUCUGCAUGCUUGACUUUUCAAAUGUGAGAGUGAUUUGCAAAAAUGAGUAUUUCAAGGCAUUUGCUACUAAAAUAUGUGAUGUUGCACCUUCAGCCUUACAAGUGCUUCUUUGUUGUUUGUCAUGUUUCUUUGUUCAAGUUUGAGGCACAUAUAUUAAUGUGACUGUUCUUACAAUACUGCUUUUUUUUAAGUUGUAUUUAUGUCUUAGUCAUUUCUGGUAACAUUUCAUCAUCCUUUAGAUUUUUCCAAAAAUCUGGCUUCUGCUGUAGUUUGAGUGGUGUCAUUCUGUCUUAAAGUUACCCUUCUCAAGAAAAUUAUGCUUGCAUAUUUAUUUCCAAAGUUUAUGUUUCCAUGUUUAGGAUAACAUGUCAGAUAAGUGCAUGGGCUUGUGUUGUGUACGUAGGUUUGUUUUAUAGGUGUUCUGAUUUUCACUCUUUGUUUCCACUGGAGAUGACUUAUGUAGCAUACUCAGUGUUAUGGUGACUGUCCAGACACUUGAAACCAAGAAUUAUUUCACAGCUCACUGGUCCCACAGUUCCCAAAAUUAGCUACAUGAUGAUUAUUGACAAAUAAGUAAUACACUUUCCCAAUUUUAACAAUACCUAUUGUAUUCAAGCUUGUAACUUUAUGGUCAAAGAACACUUUUCAUCAUGAGUAGGGCUCGUUAAUGUGCUUUAAAAUGUACAAUCAGUUUAAUUAUUUUCAGUGUUUCCAUGACAUCUCCUGAAAAUGCCUAUUUUGCUGCCAAGAAUAAGUGGUGAAGGGGCUGUUUAAAAACCACAACCAGUUUUCUACACUAUUUUUAAAACAAUGCUUUCAUUUAAGGAGAAAAAAAGGAAUUCUAGGUUUCAGAUAUACUUCAGAGAGUGAAGCAAACUUUUUUGCCUUUUAUUCAAAAGCCUGUUUGCCUUUAAGUGGACUUACCAGCAAAGUAGAUAGAACUUUAAAAAAACAGAAUUGAAAAGAGGUGAUUUCUCAAAUUGCCCUGAGUUGAGUUUAAUCAUUUCAUUUUCUUUUCCCCGUUUCUCAAUCUAGAUUUAAAAUCAGAAUAUGUGUAUUUUCCUUCUCUUUGUAUAUAGCUAGUUACGCAUAUGUCUCCACAUUUUCUAGAAAUAAGCAAUUGUCACACGUGUGCAUAAUUCUAAAGUGAAGUAAAAGUUUAUGUACUUCACUUCUCAGACCCUUCCCAACUGGGAUUCUGAUUAAGAGAAUCAUGAAUCAAAACAUCUAGCAAAGCCACAGAUAUCCAGUCUAAGAUUUAAAGUCAUAGACUUUAAAUCUGUGGAAUAGAUCCCCAGAGUAGCCUUUCCAGGGCCUCCCAGCAGUGAUAGUUGAGGUCAGACCACAAAAAUCAUCAAGAUUGAAGUGCAUCCUCCAAAAAAAAACACUUCACAGCAGUCGCAGAGAAGAGAUGCUUCUGUUUGCCCUGACUUCAUCAGGGCCAUCAUUCUCAAAAAUUUCAAUAUCAAAACAUUAUGGAUAUAAUAGAACUGAAUUUUCUGACUUAAAUAACAAAAAUUAAAGGUUUAUUUUUAUCUUGAAACAUGGUUUGUUUUGGUAGAGAUCUUUAACAUGAGAAUAUUUGUGGUUAAUCAAUGUAUGACAUCAUAAUCUGAAAUGUAACCUGUUUUUUUGUUGUUGUUGUUCCAUGGUCCUGUUUUUGAAUUAUUGACAUUAAAUCCAUCUCUUUUCUUCUUGGGUGGGGAUAGCAGGUAGGGGUCAGAGAGUGACCACUUGGGCAAAACUUGAAAUAUAGCAUUGCAAUUGCAGUGACUUUAUAGAAAUUAGAAAAAAUACUCUGAGUUUUUAACCUUCUUGAAUUGGAAAAAAGACACAUGGUUUUACCAGGAUUCAAAUAACCAGUUGAAGUGACUUUCAACAUGUAUUUUCUGAAACAAAUGACACAUACUCUUCAAUUAAAAAGUCCCUUGUAGGGACUCUGGCAAAUGCUAACAUGGUUGCUUUACAGUGUUUACAAUUCAGAAAAUACUACUUCACAGUCAAAAGUCCUCAUUCCUCUAGCAGUGAAAGCUGGGAGUUGCUUCUUUAAUGUUGGAAUAGUACACCAUAGUAUUGAGCGUGGACUUUAUAAAUGUUUUGUAUAUGCAUAUAAAAUAUAUUGGUGUCUCACACCCAGAAAGAUGCUAUAUGGUAGAAUUUAUGAGCAGGAAAACGGUGUUUCUCAGGAACGUAGUAGAUGUAAAAUGUAAAAAGUGUGCUUCUGACCCUCCCGCCUCCAUUCAGUACUCUUGAGUGAGACUGCCUCAGCAGUGUUGUGAACUUUUUGGAAACUUUCUCAUUGAGGUGGCGGAAUGUGUCUUCUGCUAAAUAAGACUACCCAUUCACAGAAAGUAUGUGGUCAUUAAAAUAGAACCAAUGAUUGCCCUUAAUUUCCAGGUGGAGGAAACGUAGAAAACAAUCAGCAUUUCUUCUGAUCAUUAAAUUUUGUAUUUUAACUUUUCAAUUCAGUAUUCCAUAUAUCCAUUAAGAAAGUAACAUGAUAAUUUGUUCUACAUUGUGUGCACUGUGUGACACUUAUAACCUGUCAUUUAAAAUGUUCUUUUAGAAAAUGAAUGCUAGUCAGAAAGUAAUCGAUUCUAUACUCAUGAUUUUUAAAUUAUUUUAACAGUGUCAUAAGUAUUAUAAAGGUAAAAAUCACUUGGGUUUAUUUUCAUGCAUUUGAGUUCCUGGUCUUAAAACUUCAUGAAAUAAAUUUUUAAUCUUACAAAUAGCCAUUUACAAAAUUUAUCAAAAGGACCAGCCUGUUCACCUCACAAUGAACAGGGCUGUGGAAUUCUUUUUGUAAAUUAUUUAUGGUGACAUCAUGCAGUUCAGUGCCUAAUCAAUGGUUUUUAAUGAUAACAUUUCUGUAAUGGCUCUUACAAACACCAUAGUCUGAUUUUUCUCACAUUAAAAUAACUGAAGCCAUUUGUGAAACUUAGCUACAUUUUGCUGCAUUUUAAUUAACCUUCAACAGCUAUUAAAGUGGAAUGUAAGCUCAAUUUUGAAGGAAAGGAAAUAAAUGUUUUCCAUUUUUCAUCUUGAUUUAUUUUCUGUAUGAGAACAGCUGUGUUUUUGAUAGGUUUAUGGUUUGCAUGAAUUAAUAUUUAAAGUGAUCCUAGCCAGUGCAUGGCUAUUGCUAUAAAUCGUGAUGUUUAUUUCUGCCUUAUAAAAUUUUAUCAUGGUCUACCUGGAAUUUAAUAAUCAGUGGACAAAUUAAUUGGUCCUCCACACAACUUUUGUUUUAUAAGUAAAUUAUUUUACAAACAUUUGAACAAAUUUAAUUGAAUCUUUUGUUUAGCUUGCCUGUAAGAACUUUUCUUAAUAAAACUCAUGAAAACUCAGCAAAUAAAUCUUCCUGAAGUAGGAAAAAAAGCUAAAUUUCUUAUUUGCUUACUUUGAAUUAACAGCAAGUUUCCAUAGGUAAGUGUGCUCUUACAAAGACGUGAGCAGAAGAUUUUUUAAGAAUAUUUUUAUGUUUCAUGGUUCCAGAAUAGAAGCCAUACGUGCAGUAAACACUGUUUGUCAUGUAACCUCUUCAAGCUUCAUUUUUCACAUUUUCAAGUUUAUUAGGUUAAAAAUAAAAAGGCAACCUUGGAAGGCAGCUAUGGAAAACUACAGUUUGUAUUAAAAAUAAAAUAAUAUUUCAGCUCCAUGAAAAGCCAUUCCCACUGAGACUGCUGUAGAAAUUGUGAAGCUGCAUGAGUGGAGAGUCUUCUCAGGUUUGUCCAUCUUGACGUUCGAUGCACUGUGUUUUAUAAAUAGUUAUUGAGGUUCAGUAAUACUCAUUUCUAUGCAGUGUCAUAUGUCAUUGGCCUUUUGUGGAUGUGCAUGUUUUAAACUGCGAAUUUUAAACAUUUUGUCCUCUAAUUGUUACUAAAAAUAAAAUAAACUUUACCAUUAUAUAAAGGAAAUUGUUGAAGUUUUGAUUGCUAGUUUGAGAGAUUGUAUUGCUUUAGGCUAGGCUUGGUGGCUAAUGUCUCUAAUCCCAGCUACAAGAGAGGCAGA